AUGUUUCCCGUGCAGACACCCAGGGUCAUGAGCGCGUUUGUCGCGACUUUCUUGGUACAGCAGGAAGAAUAUCCAGACCUUCCAGUCCAAGAGUGCUUCUGGGAUCUGGGUGCUGCGGGACCGGAUAGGAACGCCCGAGGACAAGGUGAAGCAAAGACAAUGGCCAGCUCGAUCUCGCCGUUCAUUGACUGGGACAUUAUUCCGUGGGCUUCGGCAGUUGACGAGUCUCCCUCCCCGUGGUCAUCAAGGGCAUCCACUGCGUCGAAGAUGGCGGCACUCGUCCGAGGAAGCGAAUCAUUUCACACGUAA